AUGGACAACGGCCACAGGCGGAGUAAUAGCUCUGCAGUUGAAAUUUGUUUGUUGCACAGAAAACACCGUCAUCUGUUGCAGAUGUUCUUCAAGAACGGGCUAACCAUGCUUAACAAAAUGGGAGAAAUCCAUGUUACACACAAAGAAAAAGAUCCUUAUGACAAGUGGAAGCUAGUGGAGCAAGCAGAAAAUUGUGGUUUGAUUCUAAAAGAAUCGGUGAACUUUGACAAGGCAGAUUAUCCUGGCUACACUAAUAGAAGAGGAGCUGGACCCAACAUUGGUGAGACUUUCUUCUUGGGAGAGUGUCGGACUUACAUGUUCGUCCUAAGGGAAUUCAUGACCUCGCCUACUAUGUUGCCCAAAAUUUCUUCACAAAGUCAUCCAAAGAGCCUUCAAGCAGCUAUUUUGGAGCUUGAAACUGAACGGCAAAACAGAAAGGCAGCUGAAACCGAGAAAGCAAAUUUGGAGUUUUCAUUUAAUGAGUUGAGGACAGUUGCAGAUAAAGCAUUAAAGGAAAGAGAUAAAUUUAGAAGGCAAAAAGAUGAAGCAUUGCGAGGAAAGGCAAAUAUUACCAAACAAUUAGCUGAAGCUUUAAGAUUGAAAGAAGAUGCUACUAAGCAAAAAGAUGUGACUAUUUUGGAGCUUGAAUUUGAGAGGAAACCCAGAGAGGAUGCUGAAUCUGAUGGCUCUCUUUACUACUACAAAGCGUUAGAAUAUGAGUUGGAGUUGGAACGCGAUAAAAUGAAUCAACUAGGGAGACAAAGAGAUGAUGCUUUUUAUCAAAAAGAAGCAGCCUGCAGGGAAAAAGAAAAGCUUGCCAGACAGCUAGAUGAGGCCAUGAGAUUAAAAGAGGAAGCAACUAAUGAAAAAGAAAGGAUUUUGAGGGAACACAAUUACCUUACCAACCAAGAAGCAAAAGUGAACAGACAAUUACUAGCUGAAGCUUUGAGAUUGAAUGAAGAUGCAGUUAAGAAAAGAGAUGAGUGUGUUUUGGAGCUUGAAUUUGAAAGAAAAGCCAGAAAGGAUGCUGAAUCUGCAAAAGCAAAUAUUGAGGCUUCUUUUAACUACUUCAAAGCGUCAGUAUAUGACUGGGAACUCAAGAAAAUGAAUCAAUUGGAGAAACAAAGAGAUGAUGCUCUUUAUCAAAAAGAAGUAGCCUACAGGAAGAAAGAGAAGAAUUACAAGCAGCUAAAUGAGCCCUCUCUAUUAAAAGAGGAAGCAACUAAUGAAAAAGAAAGGAUUUUGAGCGAACCCAGUGAUCUUGCCAACCAAAAGGAAGAAAUUACUUGUUGGAAUAUUUUUGCAUAUUGUUGCUUUCGUCGUUAAACUUAUUUCUUUAAUGUAAAUAUAGUCCUGAGAAAUAAGCCUAAAAGAAUUAGUAGUUCUCGUAGUGAAGACUAUACAUAGUAAGUUGAUUAUUUCAUGUUAUUUUUC